UUUUGAGUAUUAUUUUCGUUACUUUUUUUUUUUCUUUUCUUUUCUCUUUUUUCCUUAUUUUUUUUUCCCACUUUUUGAUUUUAUUCCUUAUUAUUAUUAUUAUAUCUCCUGUCACUCUUUUUAUUUUUUAUUCUAUUUCAAAUGGGUAAUUCUCACAGUAAAAGUCAUUCCAAACGAAAAACGACAAAAGCAACUAAAGCAAUUAAAACAACCAAGAAUAAGAAUAUACAUUCAACCACCACUUUAGAAACGACAAGAACACCAAUACCACCACCGCAAUCUAUUAUUACAACAACAACAGAUAAAUUAAUAUUACCAUUAAAGAAAGACAACUUUCAUGUUGGAAUCGACAUGUAUACUGCUGCAACUCCUUCAACACUGAUAAGAGACCACGUAGCUGAACAACCUCUUUCUAGUUUAUUUCCUCAUGAUAUACCAUUAUCUGAAAUUUGUUAUACACAACAACAAUCAACUGCCAAUUCUUAUUCUUCUUCAACAAAUUCCUCUACUGUAUCUACUUUAUCCGAUUUAUUCUCAUCUGCUUCAAUAGAUACUCCUGUUUCUACUCUCUCAACAACAUCACGCUAUACCAAACACUCCACACUUAGUACCCAUUCUACCUUACAUGUGCCUCAUUUUGGACAUGGUCCGAGCUCGACAACUGUUACACUAGCAAAUGAAGAAAGUACAAAAGGAAUCUCUACAACACUAGAUGAUUUGUCCAACUUGGUACAUGUCGCACAAUCGAAAAUACAUAGUGGUCACGAAUCUCUUAUCCAGCAAGGUUUUCAAAAUUUACUCUAUUUGGCCGAAUCUCGUCAUUGUGUUGAUGCUUUUUAUCCUUUAGCUGAAUCUUACUAUCUAGGUCAUCAUCAUUCUUCAAAACAGCCUGAUAAAGUCAAAGCACUUUUUUGGUUUCGUCGUGUCGCUAAUAUAUCAACAUCAACUUCUCUACCUUCAACCACUAUAGCAUGGGCUCAAUAUAGAAUCGCUAUCAUGUUGGCAAAAGGUGAUCACAAUGUCCAACCAAACGUUGAAGAAGCUGUCAAAUAUUUCAAAUUAUCAGCUGAAAGGGAUAAUAGAUACGCUCAAUAUAUGUUAGGUUUACAUUAUCAACAUGGUCUUUUUAUUCAACAAUAUCCUGAUCUCAAACAAGCUUUACAUUGGUAUGAACGGGCUGCAAGACAAGGAUUUUCUGAUGCUCAGGUAUCUCUUGGUCAAUUGAUUUUGGAAAACUUGGAUUUUUUACUUGAUAACAAUGAUACCCCUUCUAUUCAAAUACGUACCAAGUGGAUUGAUAUCGCUAUACAUUGGCUUGAAUUGGCAGCAAAACAGAAAAACGUAAAAGCUCAUAUCACUUUGGGCGGAUUAUAUGAAGAAGGCGAAUUGGUGGACCGAAAUGCAACAUUAGCCAUUCAACAUUAUGAAGCUGCAAUAUCCAAUCAUACAAUACCAUCCAACGACAAACAAGUGAUACUUGCUCAUUAUUUUAUUGGUAUCAACUAUCGACUUGGAAAUCUGGUUCCCCAAAAUCAUUCUACCGCAUUAAAACACUUGGAAUUAGCUUCAAAAGGUGGCUAUGCUCCUGCUCAACGUGCAUUGGGAUUGAUGUAUCUGGAAGGAAUCUCUGUCAACAAGAAUGAAUCAAUAGCAUACGAAUGGUUUACAAAAGCUGCCAUGCAAGGUGAUGUACAAGCACUAGGACUUCUUGGACAACAAGCAGAGAGACGAGGACAUAGUGAUGCCGAUAUCCAAUCAGCUAUCAAUAUGUACAAACAAGCGGCAUUAUCUGGAUCUGUUACAGCUCAACUCUCCUUGGCUCAUCUAUUAUUACGUACCGAUCGUCAUGCCGAAGCUUUUCCUUGGUUUCAACUUGCUGCUACCAAUGACAUUUCAUCCGUCAAAGAAUCAACUGGCGAUUCUACGUGUAUGAAUAAAAUCAAUUUGAAUGUGGGACAUGUACGACAAAGGAAUGUGGCUCGUCUGAUGGUGGCUCGAUACAAAUUCAAUGGUUGGGGUGGUGUAGAUAUCAAUCGCACUUUGGCUUAUCAAGAAUUCUUUCAACUAUCUCAAGAACAAUUCUCAGAUGCUUACUUCUGGGUGGCUGCUUGCUAUGAAGAAGGUGUACAAAAUCAAGACGGAUCUAUCAUUGUUGAAACCAAUCCUCAAAAGGCUUUUGAUUACUAUAUGAAAAGUGCACUUGCUGGUGAUGUCGAUGGUCAAUUUCAUGUAGCUCUUAUGUUGGCAAAUGGUGUUUCCUCUUCUGGUCAAUCAAUCAUAGAAAAGGAUCCUGUACAAGCAUUCAAAUGGUAUUGCAAGGCAGCUGAACGUGGUCAUCCAACUGCACAAUAUAGUUUAGGUCUAUUUUAUGAACGUGGUCUAUCUCCUGUUGAAAAUGUCCAAUUGACAAUGGCCAAAUGUUGGUAUGAACGAGCAAGUCAUCAACAUCAUACAACAUCCAUGAUUAGUCUCGCACAAUUACUUUUACUGGAAGAAUCCACUGUAUCUCAUCAAGAAGCACUUCACUGGCUACAUACUGCUGCAACUAAGGAUCAAGAUAAAAAUUAUACAGCUGCUUUACGCUCUUUGGCUGGUGUCUUUGAACAAGGGAAAAUUGCUGUGGUUCAAUCAGAUCCAGAUCGAUAUCAAAAAGGUUGGCUCUUAUUACAAAAAGCGGCAGAUAAAGGUGAUCAUUUGGCUUUUGUGGAUAUGGCUCGCUAUCAUGAACAUGGUUUAGGUGUAGAAACUAAUAUUCAAAAUGCUCUUGAAUGUUUGAUUCAAUCUGAAAAGUUGGGAUAUCAAAAGGCAAGAAUAGCCAUUGCUGACUUGUAUCAAAGACAUGACAUGUGGAAAGAAGCUUUGGAAUCAUAUCAAAUUAUUAUCAAGUCAAAUCCUUUGUUAAAAAAGGCUGGUUGGAAUGCACGACUUUCUAUUGGAAAGAUACUUUUGGUGGAUGGAUAUGAUCAAGAAAUGGACUGUUCAAUGUUGAUGAAAGAUGUGUAUUCAUGGUUAUUCACAAUGGUCCAACAAUCUGCUGGAGCCUUUCUCAUGGAACCUUUGGAACUUCUUGGUAUUUGCUACGAGUUUGGAAAAGGAACUAAUAAGGAUAUCUCUCAAGCUAUUUUGUGUUACGAAAAAGUCAUCAAAUUUCCCAUCAAAGAUAUGGACUGGACACAAGAACGAACAAGGUUUAGAUUGAUUGAACUUUUCAUGCAAAAUGAUCAGCAUAACUUGGCUUGGGAACAGUUGCAAGUGACGAAAACACACUUUAUUACUAUGAAUCACAAAAGCCGAUCAAGUCGUAGACUUGCAAGAACAGCUAGAUUUUAUUUAGGCUACCUACUUCUUCACGGAACUCAUAUGGAAACCAAUGUAAUAGAAGCACAACAAUGGCUGACUCAAGCUGCUGAUGAAGGUGAAGGAAAUGCGGCAUUGGAAUUGUUUAAAUUACAUCAAAUCGAUAACGAGAUGGAAGAAGCAAAAAGACGAUUAGAUCAAGGUAUUUCUGCUGGUCAUAGUGGAUGUAUGGUGGAAAUGGCACUUUUAUUGGAAAAUGACAACGGCGAUCGUAGCGACAUGAUUGAACUUUUGGAUCGCGCAAUCGAAUUAGGAAACACGGAUGCUAUGUAUCAUAAAGGUCGAUUGGAACAUGAAGCCUAUUUGGAUGAUCCUGCAAAACCUCACCAACUUAUUGAUUCUGCUUUGACAUUCUACAUGGACGCUGCUGGCAAAGGUGAUAGACUAUCGAUGGUUCAUAUUGGACAGUUAUAUGAUGGCCUUGGAUUAUUCGAUGAUGCACAAACUUGGUUUGAACAAUCUUCUGAAGAACCGUUAUCUAGCAUCAUGUUGAUGAUGUAUCACUUGCAGGGUAUGACUAAUCCUGAUAUCUCUGGAAAAAAAUGGGACCAUGUUACUUUUGAACAUUUUCUUCAAGCUACACAAAAUUUUUGGGAACAAAAACAAACGACAACACUAUGGGACAAGAUUGAUCGACAAACCAUUAGUAACAUCUGUGUUUUUAUUGGACAAAAUCAUCAAACAGAUCAACAAGAGAUAUGGUACAAGCGGGCAGUGGAUCUCAGUCAACACAAAGAUGCCGAACAUGCUCUUGGAUUAUUAUGUCAAAACCGAGGUGACGUUGCAGGUGCGAUGGACUGGUUUAGAAGUGCAGCAGAAAAGUGGAAUCAUGCUCCAUCUCAAUAUCAACUUGGCAUGUAUCAUGCGUAUGGUCUUGGUGGCUUGGAUAUCAAUCUUGUGGCAUCUCAGCGUUACUUGAAACUUGCGAGCAAUCAAGGUCUGGAACAAGCCAAGAAAGAACUGGGAACAAUCAUGUUUAUGCAUGCAUGGGAUCUCUGGAACAAUCAAAAACAAUAUCAACGUGGAUUGAAACAAUUCGAAAAGGCAGCAACAUUGGUACCCGAAGCACUUGUGGAACUUGGUCAUUUAUAUCAUACUGGAUUUGAAGAAAGCAGUGAACAUGGCAUUUGCGUCAUUCUUAAGAAUUAUAAGCAAGCAUUCUCAUAUUAUUCGGAAGCAGCACAACAAGGUAAUGCAAAGGCGGCACUGAUGCUUGGUUCUUAUUAUGAAGAAGGUUAUUUGGAUAUGGAAAACCUGGAUGAUGCUUUGAAAUGGUAUGAAAAGGCUUAUCAAUGGAAAUGUGGCCCUUUGGCUGAAUUGGCCAUUGGCAAAUUGAAGCACAGUAUGGCGGAAAAGUUGAUGGGUCAAGAUGUAGAAGCAGCUUUGGAUUUACAGGAAGAAGCAUAUUCGUGGUUUGAAGGAUCUGUAUCAUCGUCCUCUCUGGAAACAAUUCAAGAUCAAUCAUCUCAUGCCAAAGUGAUGAUGGCGCUGUAUCACUUGAAAGGAUGGGGAAGAAAACCUUGUGACCCAAAGAAAGGUUUUGAUAUGCUAAUGUCACUUAUACAAGGUCAAGAUAACAAUGUAGCUAUUUCUGAAAUCGCAAUGUGUUACGAUCAAGGUAUUGGUGUAGAUCAAGAUAUAAACAAGGCUCUACAUUACUGGGAAUUGGCAGCGGAAAUCGAUGAUGUGGUUGCUCUUCGACGAACAGCGGAAAUUUAUCGACUUGGAUUAGCUGGUGAUCAUAAUUUAGAAAAAGCAAAUGAAUAUGAUACAAGAGCUGAUACCAUUGAACAUAUGAAACAAAAUGAACGUGAAAAAUCAUUUUGUUCCACUUCCUCAUCAUCUUCUUCCUCGUAUGCUUCUCGACGCUCUUCUUUGAAUUCUUUGAACUCUUUGUAGUAUUUUAUUUGUAUUAUACUUUAUUAUUAUUCAAUAUUCUUAUUAUUAUUUUUAUUAUUUUUAUUAUUAUUAGUUAUUCCUACUACUCC